AUAUGCGACGUUGAAGUGAUGCGGGAUAUAGAGAUUUGGUCAACUGCGCGAAGGUACGUAAAACGCGUUCAUCAACAGCACUGCCAGAAUGCCCACUCUAGCCUACGACUGACGUCAACUAUUUGGGCCGUGGACAUUAUACUUUGGACUUUACCAAUAAAUAAUCACAUAGCAUUAAUAACAACCUGAAUUUAGACGCAACAUGCCAUCAUUAAAGGACUGUUUGGAAUCCGGACUGGACUUCGUUGAAUUUCUGGGAAACAGAACAUCGAAAACGAAUAAGAAGGAACUUCGUGACAUUUAUAACUUGGAAUUUAAAAACAGAGAUGGAUAUAUAUACCCUAACUUCUCCACCGUUAUCUAUGCCCUUCAAAAAUUCAACAAAGCCUACAUCAAGAAGGGGAGAGUACACAUAAACGUCGAAUCUCAGGUUCGGGUUUACUAUGGGGACCAGUGGAGGAGGCCACAGGGAGGCCAGAAGGGGAGCCCAGGGACCCCCACACCCCAUGUGGUUGGAGGGGCAAGGAGCUCGACCUCAUCCUCUGGCUCCUACCCCGCCCGCGACCCAGACACCUUGCUGCUGACUCCCAAGAAGCGGCUGGCUAAAGAGGUCCUCAACAGACUAAAGAUGAACAGGAAGGAGCUGACCUCUGACAAGGGGGGGAUAGUGAUGACCUCAGAUCCCGCGGUGACCGGCGGCAAGAUCCACAUCAGCGUGGGCCGCCUGGGGCAGCUGUUUGCGGUGAAGUUCCACAUCCUGAACGAGGGGAAGGGCAGUGUCCACUUCACCCUCUACACCGCCUUGCAUCGCAUGAGCUGUUUCACCCUGCUGGACGAGAGGAGGGUGACCCGGACUAGCCCUCUGCUCCUCAGCCCUGGAGAGAGCUACCAGGUGGAGGUGCAGUACCGCCUGCAUCAUUACGGACACUUCCCUGCCACCAUGUACUUUGAGUUCUGCCCCGACCGGCCCGGGUCCAAACCCUUCUGCAUCCUCAGGGAGAUGGAGGCCUGGGCUCGGGGCGCACUGGGGGUGGAGCUGGGGCCCGAGGAGGCCUACCGGCCUUACCAGGUGGCCAUCCGCAGGCCUGUCAACACCGUGAUCGUGGAGGGGGAACCCCCUGAGAGUUCUGUGGUCCAUCAUCUCAGACCGAGCGUGAAACUUGGAGACUAUAUUUAUCCUCUUUACCUGAAGGACUUGUCCAGGCAGAAUAUGGAGGAUUCAGAGUACUUGUCAGAUGCAGCCAGACAGAAACUGCCAUCUGUCAGAGCCCUCCUCUUCUGUCCCGUGAGGAUGAAGAACUACUCCCAGCGCUUCCAUCUGCUGCUGCACCUGGAGGAGAUCCAGAUGGAGGUGGACAUCAGGAGGUAUGACCUGCGUGGUCAGACCAUGACUCAGGAUCACACAAACAAGAAGCUGCUGACCCUCCGGGUGCCAGGUGUGGCUGAGAACAGGCCGUCUGUCCUCCGAGGAGACUGUCUGAGGGUGUCUCGGUCGGAGGAGAAGGUCCAGCCAAUCACCGUCUACACAGGCUACGUACACAGAGUAGAGCUGGACAGAGUUAAAAUGGGCUUUUCUAAAAGACUUCUGGAGGUCUUCCUCAGUAACAUGAAGUUCGACGUGGAGUUCACCCUCAACCGCUACCCCCUGAAGCUCCAGCAUCGGGCCGUGGACCUGGCGACCCUACACCGGCUGGAUGACCUGCUCUUCCCCAAGGCCUCUGCCAGCACCGAGACCCCCCUGCCCAAACUCAGGAUGUUUAACCGUCAGCUGGAAGACAACCCCGAGCAGCAUGCUGUGAUCCAGCACAUCGUGGCCGGAGCCUCCAAGCCUGCCCCCUAUCUCGUCUUCGGACCACCAGGCACCGGCAAGACCAUCACCCUGGUGGAAGCCAUGACCCAGGUGGACCAGGCCGACCCCAAGUCCCACAUCCUGGCCUGCGCCCCGUCCAACAGCGCCGCGGACCUGCUGUGCGAACGCCUGCUGGGUCACCUGGACCCUCACCGGGUCCACCGGCUGUACGCCAGCAGCCGUGCCCCCGGUACCGUACCCAAACACCUGCUGACGCACUGCAACUGGGACGCCACCCAGGACUGCUUUGUGCUCCCGGCCAAGAAGGUCCUGAUGCAGUACAAGGUCCUAGUGACCACCCUGGUGACGGCUGGAAGGCUAGUGUCUGGAGGGAUUCCUGCUGGUCACUUCUCCCACGUGUUCGUGGACGAGGCAGGCCAGGCCGUGGAGCCAGAGUGUGUCAUCGCAGUCGCAGGUCUGCUCCGGGCAAGGGGGGGUCAGCUGGUUCUGGCCGGUGAUCCUCAGCAGCUGGGCCCCAUCCUCCGCUCGCCCCUCGCUCUCCAGCACGGACUGGGCUUGUCUCUGCUAGAGAGGCUAAUGAAGCACAACUCUUUGUACCAGAAGACUGGAGAGCUGGGACACUACAACAGCCGCUUCGUCACCAAGCUACUCCGUAACUACAGAUCCCAUCCUGACAUUUUGGAAAUACCCAAUCAGCUCUUCUAUGACAACGAACUACAGGUGUUUGCUGACCAAUGGGAACGCGACACGUAUCGCAACUGGGAAUACCUGCCUAAGAAGGGCUUCCCAGUCAUUUUCCACGGUGUGAUGGGGAAGGACGAGAGAGAAGCCAACAGCCCUUCCUUCUUCAACGUUUCGGAGAUCGAGGUGCUGGUGGACUACCUCACCAAGCUCAUGCAGACUCAGGGCAAGAAGGACCUGCCCAAACUGUCCCCCAGAGACAUCGGCAUCAUCGCCCCCUACAGGAAGCAGGUAGAGAAAAUUCAGAAGGCUCUGAAGUCAGUGAAGGAACUGAACCAGUGGAACGACAUCCAGGACCUGAAGGUGGGCUCUGUGGAGGAGUUCCAGGGCCAGGAGAGGAAGAUCGUCAUGGUUACCACAGUACGCAGCAGCAUCAACUACGUCAAGAUGGACCAAGAUUUCAACAUCGGCUUCCUGGCUAACGAGAAGAGGUUUAACGUGGCUAUGACCCGUGCCAAGGCCCUGCUGAUUGUGGUGGGAAACCCUGUUAUCCUCAACAAGGACCCUACCUGGGAGAAGUUUAUCAGGUACUGCGUGGAUAACAAGGGGUACACGGGGUUCAACCACGCGGACGCUGAGGGAGAGGACGAUGUGGUCUCACGCCUGGCGUCCCUGAAGAUCCACGUGCAGUCUGACAGUGAGCAGUCAGCCUGUGAGUCAGAUGAGAGCCCCUUGCAACAGUUCAUCCAUCCAGAAUGGAGGAAUGAACACUAGCCUCCUGGUGACAUCACAAAGCGACACCAGAGUGAGAGCAUCAUUGUGGUUGCUGUGGGCAACAGAUGUAACUGUUCCACCUGCUUGCUUCACAACAGAAGACUGUUGAUGAACUCUGACCCCAGCAAGCAGUUAAAUAAACUGCCACCAGUGAUGGAACUAUCUGAAAUAUGUCACAAGCCUUUUUAAUGAGAUGUUCUCCAACAGGCCACGCCAGAAUAUCCUAAUACUGGAAUAGAUCAUCUAUUUUCUAUCAAAUACGUUUUGAUGUAGUUUUGGGGUUUCUGUGAUUUUUUCCCUUUUUUUCUCUUUUUUAAGAAUGAGACCACAUAUAAUGCAGCAACAUGCGUGCUCACUUGUUGUGUUUACUAGGGUGAAGAUCUGACAUGUGGGACUCGUACUGCUGGGUCAGCACACUCUGACACCAUCAUGCUGGGUCUGCACACUCUGACACGAUCAUGCUGGGUCUGCACACUCUGACACGAUCAUGCUGGGUCUGCACACUCUGACACCAUCAUGCUGGGUCUGCACGCUCUGACACGAUCAUGCUGGGUCUGCACACUCUGACACCAUCAUGCUGGGUCUGCACACUCUGACACGAUCAUGCUGGGUCUGCACACACUGACACCAUCAUGUUUUUCAGACUUGUAUAAAUCGAUCCUGUGGAAAGGUAGGUUGUUGAUGUUGAUGAAAUGGAAAAUAAGCAAUAAACAUUUGGAUGUGAACAUUGGAAUGACUGGAUGGUUGUAGCUUAGUGGUUAGAGCAUUUCACAGCAGACCAAGAAAUCACAGGUUCAAAUUCCCCCUCCCCUUUUAGGUAUGCUAAAUGAAUACAUUGUUGUAAUAUUUGCAAAGGCCUACAUAUGAUAAAGAAAUUAUGACUGA